UGGCGCGGCACGUGCGGUGACGGUGCCCACGCCCCGAGGGUCCCAGCCUCGCGCCCCGCGUCCCCGGGCCAGCAUGGAGCGCCCAGAGCCGGAGCUGAUCCGGCAGAGCUGGCGGGCGGUGAGCCGCAGCCCUCUGGAGCAUGGCACCGUGCUGUUUGCCAGGCUGUUUGACCUGGAGCCUGACCUGCUGCCCCUCUUCCAGUACAACUGCCGCCAGUUCUCCAGCCCAGAGGACUGUCUGUCCUCCCCCGAGUUCCUGGACCACAUCAGGAAGGUGAUGCUUGUGAUUGACACUGCGGUGACCAAUGUAGAGGAUCUGUCCUCGUUGGAGGAGUACCUUGCUGGCCUGGGCAAGAAGCACCGUGCCGUGGGGGUGAAGCUUAGCUCCUUCUCGACAGUGGGGGAGUCCCUGCUCUACAUGCUGGAGAAGUGCCUGGGCCCUGCGUUCACGCCAGCCGUGCGGGCCGCCUGGAGCCAGCUCUACGGGGCCGUGGUGCAGGCCAUGAGUCGCGGCUGGGAUGGCGAGUAAGAGGCGGCCCCUGCCCAGCAGCUUCCGCCUGGAGGCCCGCAUCUGUCUGUGUCUGUCUGUUGCUCGUGUCUGUUGUAGCCCAGGUCCCCUUAGGCCUCCUUGCAUUUCGGCCCUCGUCCGCUUGGCCAUCCUGGAGAGGUGAUGGAGCAGGGCUGGGUCUCCGGCUUCCUCGUCUCCAACUGCAGGCAGGGGUGGCUUUUCCUUCAAGGAGGGGCUUCUGGAUUUCCUGGUGCCCCAGUGGCUUUUCCCUGCUGCCUUCUCUCCCCUCUGACAUCCCCUCCUCUGCUAAGAGAGGAGUGGUGUUGUGGUCACAGUGGUGGCGUGGGGCUGGGAAGGUGGAGAUCUUUGAGAGCAUGGGCCCUGGUCAUCCCCCCUUCUCAGGUGAGCCUGGGCCAAGCAGGGGGUGGGUGGCUGAACUUCAGACACCUUCCCACUUUGCCUGCUUCCCAUGCUUUUCUAUCCCAGGGGCUUGUGCCUUUCAUAAGUAAACAAGAGGGACCCUUUUAGCCUUCCUGGUGGAAUCACAGG